CCGUAGGAAUCAGGUUUCUCAGGUUGAUUUCUUGGCUAAAUCUUCGAUGCUAACGUUAAAGCUAGCGCGAUGCUAACUUUAACGGAUAAACAAACGGUCGGUUUUCGGGUCAUUGCGUGUUUAAAAGCUCCUAAAUAACCCGGUUAGUGAAGAGUUUAACUUUCCACAGGUGACUAAGCUUUCCCACAGACGGAAGUAUGACCGAUAUUGAAGUUCAGGUUGAUGUCCAGCUCACCUCAAACUCAGCGGUAGAUGACCGUAAGUCUGCGGGCCUGAGGGACGUUAUGAGCGGGGAGGAGAGUCUGCGACACGCCGGUCAAGAGAUGAAGGAGACGCUGCUGCUGUUGGCCGACGUCGCUCUGCUGCCCCCCUGUGGCGAUGACGCGUCCUGCAGCUGUGUGGAGGUCAGACAGCUGGAGAGGGGCCUGCAGUCCAUGCAGCUGCAGCUCCAGUUCCUCUUGGGCAAAGCUGAUUACUUAGACGACCUCCUCAUCAACAGACAAUGUGAUCCAGAAAGUCAGAGCCCCACUGAAGAAGUCCAAAGAUUUCUGUUCACCUGUCAGCCGUACUUUAACUACGUGGAAUCCAUGGCGAGGAAGAAUGCGUCGCCCCACACUUCUCUGCCCUUUGAGAUCCACACCAGGCUGUUGGACUUCUCUCAGCAGCUGUGUGACAGGUUGGAGCAGCUGGUGUUGACCUGCGCCAGCUACAAUCUCAUCUGUUUUGACGACGCAGAGUCUAACAGCAUCUCUCACUUCUGCAUCGGUCAGAGUCAGCUCGGUUGGCUGAGGCUCACCGUGUUUCGCUAUUGUAAGCUGAUGCCGUACCUGUCCCGGGUGGACACGGGUGUGUACAAACGAAUGCGUUGGAACGUGGAGAGACUCCGAGAGGACGUCCAGCCGCUCCAACAAGACGGGGAGGAGAGAGAGGAAGAACCAGUUGAUGACAUGGAGUAUUACUUCCUGUGCUGUGAGGAUGUUCCAAACUCACACGCAGACGCUGACGGGGAAAGCCAAAGUGCGUCAGAUGGUGACGUCCUGAGGGUGUGGUCCAUCGGUCAGUGGGUGCAGGUGUUCCCUGACACCAACACAGAGGACAUCUACGACUGGAUCAUGUGUGAGGUUCCUCAGGGCUCCUACCUCAGGCUCCUGUUUCUUGGCGGUGACGAGCCGUCGAGCUGCAGCGCUACGGACCAACUGCUCAAGCUGCUUUUGUCACGCCACGAUACAGAGUGAUGUCACAACGUCCGUCUCCACUCAGGAGGGUGUGUGUGAACGGGGACCUCGAGCUAAAGCUAGCUACGAAGCAGACGUGUUCAGUUCUGUGAGUUUUAAAGGUUAAACUAAAAUAUGUCGGAGAGCUGCGGUGCCUUCAGGAGCGGUCCAGUUCUCCAUAUUUAAAGCCAAAGAGGCAUCUGUUUUUUAAAGUUUCCUUCUGUUGCGUUUGUGGCAUCACGUCUGUUUUACAGAUCUUGCUGCACAGUUUUCGUUUCUUUCUUCUGUUCAGAGUGUUCAUGUUGUGAAUUUUAAAAAGCUUGUACAUAUUUUCAAGUUUUAUAUAUUUCUACAGUUUGCAUGUCGUGUUGUGAAGAAGUCAACGAGUGUUAUUAUAAAAAGAAACAUUUUAUUUACAUGAAACAUCGCAUUGAAAUAAUUACACAACAAUCACAGAUUUUCUGUCCUUCACAAAGUUUGAAACGAGGAAAACUUUUACAUCUUCAGACGAGCUGCCGCGAUUUGAGAGCCAGUUCACUUCAAACCCCCCCCCCCCC